CAGCAUAACCUCAAAGCGCAAGUGCAAGAAUUUGAGUUUAUCUGCAUCUCAGCAAAAGGCCACACCAAUGUUGGACUGGCUGCUGAGGUUCUUCUACAACAAUGCCUUCCUGGAGCUCAUUGAUAGGCCCCAGUCGAUGACCUCUUUGUCGAUUUUCGUGAGUUUCAUCUCCUUCAAGACACUCUACGUGGUCAUUCUGCUCCUCUUCGCCCUCUAUCGUCACCACAUCAGCACAGCUUGAAGCUCUCCCCUUCCCGAUGGCAGCUUGGAACACUAAGAAGCACCAUUUCAAGGAGGAUCUCUAUCUCAGCACCACCUGCUUAGUGAGUAAGGAUCUUGUGGAGUUUCUGGCAGAUUUCCAACUCGAUGCCAUUCGAUUCCUGUGGAAACACUUCAUCAGCAGCCAAGGAUGCAUAUUUUCAGCUGAAUCUGGAUUGGGGAAGAUUUCCACUGUUCUUGCCUUUGGAUCAGCUAUUUUACCAGGAAGAAUCGCAGUAUUGUGCAAGAAUCCUGAGGGAAUUCAUCAUUGGACUUAUCAAAUUGGCGUAUUUUCUCUCCCCGAAGACAAUUUCACCUUCACGACGCUGGACAGUGUGGAAGAAGUUCCUGGAAAUGUAACUUAUCUCAUAAUCGACGCUCGACACUCAGCGACUCUGACAUCUGAGGAAAUUCUCAGACUUGAGAGCAUCUCUUGUAAGAAGAGAGUCUUCAUUUCAUCCACAGAUUUGGAGGAGAAUCUUGACUAUCUGAAGAAACUUCUGCAAUGCGUGGAUCGAAAGUGGCACAAUCUCUUGAGGAAGACUGAAGAUGUGCAGCUGAUCAUCAGCCACGCACAGAAAUUCAUGCUGAAGCAGUUGAGGAAGCAAUACGCAUCAGAAUUGCCACUGAGAGAUGAACUUCUCUACAGAACGGGCUUCGAGGCGCUGCAUAAAUCCCCGGAGAAGACUCUGGAAAUCUUGAGUCAGGAAUCUGAGAGAGGAUUUCCCAUUUGCAGACGUCUCAGACGGAGAUUCUUCAAUUCAUCGGACUCUGGCACGCCUGAGCUCAUCUUCUCGGAGGAGGAAAUCAUCAAGACAUCAUCGAGAGUCGUCCAAAGUUCCCAGGAAAGUGAUCUCGUUAUUCCACCGUCUCCGGAUGACAGUGAACCACUCUUUCGACGUCGUCCUCAUCGACAGAAGAUCCCCAGCACUCAAGUGUCCGGACGAGAGACGCCCAAUCUCUUCGACAGCUCUGUAGAGAGUGAACCUGAAGACAAAGGCGCCCUGAACACAAGCACUCCUCUCUCCAAAGAAGCUCCAGAUAACUUUGUCGUCUCUCAAUCGCCAAUUCCCGCUCCAGAAGCUGUGAAUAUCACCCACAAUGGCAGUGAAGUGUUCGAGAUCACAACGAAUCCCACAUUUUCUAACCAAAUCCGCGUCUCCUCGAAGCUGGAAGUGUCUCCAGUCAGCACACCCAAGACGCCAGAGUCCACAAAGUCGCUGCCCAGCACCAGUGGCAAGUGGGAGAAGAGCACGAAGAAGACGGAGCAGGACAAGUGCGACACACCGCGCAGCAGCAUGAAGUCAUCUGGGUGGCUGAUGAAAGAGAGUCCCAAAAGAUCGCCCUACAAGCGUCUCACGCCAAGGAAUCUCUCGGUGACUUUUGAGGUGCGCAGGAGAGAGGAAGAGGCUCUUGUGGAGGCCUUCUCGCGACCCAUUCCCACCCAGGAGACGGAGGAGGAAUUCCCGAGGAAGAGACGACGCAGAUUGCGAGACUUUCUGGUGUCUUCUGAGGAGGAGGAAUUUUAACGUUUUUUUUUUUACAUUCGUUUUAUUAUAUCAAUUUUAUUUGCACGCAUUUUAUUUAGGACAAUUUGACAUUUUUAUUGUAUUUCUGGUCAGUAUCAGAAUAAAAUUAUUUUUCA